GUUACUAUUAAUAUAAAAAUUCUGAUGAAAUGAAAGUUGUUUUUUCAUUGCUUCUAUUAUAGUUUGAUUUCACAUUUACGUUAUGUCUGGAGAAAUACCCGAACAGAAUGAGGACGAAGACGAGCCCUAUGAAAUCAUAGAAACGCCUGGAGCUUCAGGGAAAGAUUUUCUAUCAGAAUUGAUAUCCAUGGAUCUAGUACACAGAACUCCUUUACAACAGAUUGGUAUAGGAGGCCUUUCAGGAUGGCUUGUGGGAACCCUGUGUAAAAGAGUUGGAAAGUUAACUUUGUCUGCAGUUGGUGGAGGGCUUCUCAUUAUUCAGAUUGCKAACCGCACUGGUUAUAUUAGAAUAAACUGGAAAAAAGUUGAAAAGGACAUGAGUACAGUUAGUAAAGAAGUUGAGRAGGAAGUCUAUAAAAUAGCUCAGGGGGAAAGUAGUAAUGAGAAUAAACUGAUAACAUUGUCUAAAAGGGGCUAUGCAUAUGCAAAAAGAAACGUUGCAGCAGCUGGUGGCUUUACUGCAGGAUUCCUACUUGGUUUAGCAUUAUGAUGAAGUAAAUUGUUAGUAYUCAUUCAUUCUUACUGAAUUCAAAAUAAUUGAACAGAUUCCUUGCUACACGUUACCCAGUUAUUCCUCUCACAUGUCUAGGGUCAUACAGUCAGUGGAAAUCUAGAAUGUAUUUUUUUUCUGCUUUGACAAGACUGAUCACUUAUUUUCCUCACACUUCAUGGUGUUAUUCCUUACCCAUUUUGAGAAUUAUUUAAAUAUAGUUAGUACUAAAUGAAAGUGAACACUUAAUCCAUGAAACAAAACAAAAAAAGCAAAAUAUAUGUGGUAAAUUAAUCUGACUUUAUAUUCCUUUGUAUUUUAUUGUCUAAUCAASACUGUUUAGUAGUAAUUAGCAAUAUUUGUUUCAUGAAUUUAGUGCUUCCUUUUGUCUUGAGUUUAUGUUUAAAAUUACGAUUUAAUGUUAAGUAUCGUCAAGUGAGGCAAAACAAGAGUAUACGUCUGCGCGUCUGAAAAUAACAUAUUUUUGAAAUAUUUAAUACCAAGUAAACAAAAAGUAGAUAGUGAAACUAAGAAAAUAUAAACAUUUUUGUCAAAAAUAAAAAGUAUUCCUUGCAUUGGAUGUACAAAGUGAUGUUAUGCUAGCUAAAUUUUAGUGUAUGAUAGCAAUUAAACCAUUUCACUGAAAACCAAC